GCUAGAGAAAUGGCAGCGUAACUAUAUACUUUGUUUCUUGUGCAUAUUCGAUGUUAGUUAUUUGAUAUGAGAAUAAGUUCACUUGAGGAUAGUAAUCAUGGCAGUGGACUUGGUCAACACAACUGAUAACCUUAUAGAUAGGUGCAAUGAAUAUGAUUGCGUGACAAACGCUAGUUAAUCGCAUGUUUUCAUCCCAGAUAUGUACAAUGCUAUUGAGUACGCCAACUAUUAUAAUUCAACAUUCAAGAUUAUAUCAGUUACCAUAUAAAAUCUAUAAAAUGAUAACAAACAAUACAUUUACUUUUUAAACCGAGUUAUUAUUUCUGUCAAGAUGACGUACAUUUCUUUGAAAGUAUUAAUUCUAAUUUUGAUAUAUUUUGAAGUGGUAUUUUUACGAGCUAAUGGAGAAGUCGUUUAUGAAGCUGAAUUCUCGGAAGAUUUUAAGAGUUGUAAAGACUUUGAUAAUAAAUACAUAAAAUGUGAAAGCUUUAUACUGGGCCUGGUGGAAGGCGAUGACGAUGCAGAAGGUGGAAUCGGCGUCAGCGGUGUUUUGGAAAUGUCACAAAACAUUGAGAUGGGAUACAAGAUAAGCAUGGAAGUUUGGAAGCUUAUGGACGUGGGUAAGGAGUUCACAUUUGGCUCAGUGGCCGACGUAUGUGAAAGUUUAAAGAGUGAGGAAGCGCCCUGGUAUCCUCUGGUCGUCAGCAUGAACGUGACCGACUGUCCUGUGCCUGCGAAAACUUAUCCCAUACAAGAUCUACUUAUAUCGCUAGAAUUUGCUAAAGAUUUCCUAUGUGUCGAAUUCUGCGGGGAAUAUGAAGUGAUACUAUCUGUAUUGAAUGAAAAUGAUGAACAACUAUCAUGUUAUGUCCUGGGUAUAUCGAUCAUGGAAACCGAAAAAGACAAAAAGAAAUAAAAUGACUAU